CGCUGCCCGCGCCUCUGGGAGUCCUGCUACCCCCUCGGACCGGCGCGAUGGGCAAGAAGGGCAAGAAGGAGAAGAAGGGCCGCGGGGCGGAGAAGACGGCUGCCAAGAUGGAGAAGAAGGUGUCCAAGCGCUCGCGGAAGGAGGAGGAAGACCUUGAAGCUCUGAUAGCCCAUUUCCAGACACUGGAUGCCACAAAGACUCAGAUUGUGGAGACACCAUGCCCCCCACCUUCACCAAGGUUACAUGCCUCUUUCUCUGCUCAUCCUGAGAAAGACGAAUUAAUCCUUUUCGGAGGUGAAUAUUUCAAUGGCCAAAAAACAUUUAUGUAUAAUGAGCUAUACAUCUACAAUAUCAGGAAGGACUCCUGGACCAAAAUGGAGAUCCCCAAUCCACCUCCAAGGCGCUGUGCUCACCAGGCUGUGGUGGUGCCUCAGGGCGGAGGACAGCUGUGGAUCUUUGGAGGGGAGUUUGCUUCUCCCGACGGAGAGCAGUUCUACCACUACAAGGAUCUCUGGGUGCUGCACUUGGCCACCAAGACCUGGGAGCAAGUAAGAUCAACAGGAGGCCCUUCAGGUCGGAGUGGACAUCGGAUGGUAGCCUGGAAGAGACAGUUAAUCCUUUUUGGUGGCUUCCAUGAGAGUACAAGAGAUUACAUCUACUACAAUGAUGUGUACGCCUUUAACCUGGACACGUUCGUUUGGAGCAGACUAGCCCCAUUAGGGGCUGGGCCCACACCUCGGUCAGGCUGCCAGAUGUCCGUCACCCCCCAGGGCAGCAUUGUCAUCUAUGGGGGCUACUCAAAACAGAGAGUCAAGAAAGAUGUGGACAGAGGCACCCAGCAUUCAGAUAUGUUCCUGUUGCAGCCUGAGGAUGGAAGAGAAGCAGGCAGGUGGGCGUGGACCCGGAUUAAUCCUGCAGGAGCCAAGCCCACUCCGAGGUCUGGCUUUUCGGUGGCUGUGACCCCAAACCAUCAGACGCUGCUCUUUGGGGGAGUGUGUGACGAGGAAGAGGAGGAGAGCCUGGAGGGGGACUUCCUCAACGACCUGCAUUUCUAUGAUGCCACCAGAAACCGCUGGUUUGCGGGGCAGCUGAAGGGACCUAAGUCAGACAAGAAGAAACAGAGGAGGGGCAAAAAAGCAGAGCCCGAAGGUGCUGACAAGCAGGAGCGUGGGGGGGCCGGUGCCCAGGAGCCGCUGGAGGUGGUCAGAGAGGUGGUCACAGAGGACGGGACCGUGGUCACCAUUAAACAGAUGGUGGCUGCCCCGGGCUCGGCUGGACAGCCCCUAUCUGACGAGGAGGACAGCCCUGACGAAGCCGGCGGCCCCGUGGUGGAGCCGAGCCCCCGCUCGAACGCCAUGCUGGCCGUAAAGCAUGGGCGGCUCUACCUCUACGGAGGCAUGUUUGAGGCAGGUGACCGCCAGGUCACCCUCAGUGACCUCUACUGCCUAGAUCUCCACAAGAUGCAGGAGUGGACGGUCUUGGUGGAGAUGGAUCCAGGAGCUCAGGAGUGGCUGGAGGAGACGGGCUCCGGAGAGAGCAGUGAGGAGGGCGAGGGCGCCGAGGACAGCGGCGGGGAGGCCGGGGAUGUGCUCUCAAGGCAAGCUUAAGGUUUUGAAAGAACACUUGUAUGUGGAGUGCAGUGAGCGGCGCCGUGUUGGCUUCUUGGAUGGAGUGAAGAAUGCCCUCGCCAUGUGGUUUCUUUAAACGCGGUGCCCGUGCUCGCCCCGUCAGGCGGUGAGCGGGUGGCCUCUGGAGCUGCCAGACCCAGGCCUCCGUCCUGGGCUCAACGUGCUUGCCUCCUGCCCCUCCUUCCCCGCGGAGCAGCUCCUGCACGCACGGUUGGGCCCGCCGAGCGGCUUGCAGACGGCCUGCCCGGGCUCCAGCGGUAUCGGGUAGGGCUCACCCUGGACAACGUGGGCCCCCACGCCGGGAAGGGAGCAGCCCACGCUGUGCCAAUCGCUUUGUGUGAUGACCUGGCCUGAGCAACCUCUCCUCCCCCCACCGCCCCCAGAAGUUAACCUGAGUGAGGUGCAGUUGCCUUCCCUCAGUAUUGCUGGGUGUGGUUUAAAAUAAAGCGGCCUUGGGGCACAGCCGCAGCAGAGGUGGUGAUCUGUGCGGCCCCGUUUGCCCUGGUGGUGGUGGCGGGGCCCCCUGCUGCAGGCGGCACCUGGAAGAUGAGGGGGCACGCGGGUGCUUUGUGGGCGGUUUCCCUUUGGCCAGACAAGGAGCCGCAUGUCCUGGUUGAUGGUACCUUGUCCGCCUGUAGGUCUCUGAUUUCUAGAAGUUCUUGGUGGCAGCCCGCCGACCACCUUUACACGCUUUGUGUCUCUGCCGAUCUUUGAAAUAAAGUUCCUGUUGGCUGGGC